AUGCAGGAGCAGAACAAACAUAUGACAUUUUCUAGAGUACUUCACAUGGCAAGUGAGUUUGGCAUAAGUCGCAGGCCUUCUAUUGAGGUUCACUUUAAAGAUUUGACACUUACUUUGAAGGGUAAACACAAGCAUAUAUUGAGGUGUGUAAUAGGGACAUUAUCACCUGGCCGUGUAUCUAUUGUUAUGGGUCCAUCAGGCGCUAGAAAGACAACGUUUCUAUUUGCAUUGAUCGGAAAACCUACAGCAGGUUGUACUACAACUGGUUCAAUUCUCAUAAAUGGAAAGUCUGAAUCUAUUCAAUCAUACAAGAAAGUUAUUGGCUAUGUUACUCAAGAUGAUAUAGUGCAUGAAAAUUUGACAGUGGAAGAUAAUCUUUGGUUUAGUGCUCGGUGCAGGUAUACAAUUGCUGAGAAGAAAACAAGCAACCUUGAGCUAAAAAGGAUAAAAAAGGGAAUAAAAGGGCAAGAGCUGGAUAAGCUGAAGCAGGAUAUGGAUCUAGCCCUUAGUUUAUCGUGA